UCCGGUUCACUAAUACUCGGCUUCCAGGGGGAGCGGGCGCGCGCCGUCCCAUUGCGCAGGCGCGGUGUGCGGUCCACGGGCGGCGCUAUGCCUGCCGGGCACGUCUCGCGUGUCCGGGCCUUGUAUCGGCGCAUCUUGCUGCUGCAUCGGCUUCUGCCCCCGGACCUCAAAGCCCUUGGUGACCAGUACGUGAAGGACGAAUUUAGGAGACAUAAGACGGUUCGUUCUGACGAGGCCCAGCGUUUCUUGCAGGAAUGGGAGGUUUAUGCAGCAGUGCUCUGGCAACAAGCUAAUGAAAAUAGACAAAACUCGACUGAAAAAGCAUGUUUUGGAACUGCCCUACCAGCAGAAAGACUUGAUGACUUCCGUGAUGAACAAAUUGGACAGCUGCAGGAGCUGAUGCAAGAAGCCACAAAACCUAAUCGGCAAUUUAGUAUCACUGAGUCUAGAAAACCAAAAUUUUAGUCUGUACGAUAGAGCUUAACAAAGCAUUUAAAGUCCAGAGCCCCUUGUUUUAAUGCCUGGUAUUAAUGAAAUAUAUAUCAGGAUCACUAGUAGAUGGAACUUUACAUUACCGAAGUAAUAGUACUUAAUGGAAGGGAUUUGAUUUUUGGAUUAAACAAGGAAGAAUGGCUCUAAAAUAGACAAACUUGUGGAAUUUUGCCAGAACCUUUUUUAAUAUAUAAAUGUUUUUAAUGCUGUACUUGUUCAAGCAUUAGCCUCACAGUUUUAGCUUCAUCAGAUAAAUAUAUCAUGUGAUAGAUGUGAAAUUUCAACAAGGUUAUUUAAAUACAUUGUUAUACUGAAAGUUUCAUUUCUACAGCGUUAAUAACAAAUGGCCCCUUAUAUGGUCUGUAGUUAAAUAAUUUGUGGUUAUCUUGAGAGUCUCUUUUAUUGCUUAAUGGUUAGGGAGAUAAAAACACUCAAAUUUUUUUUAUACUUAAGUUGAUUUCUAAAGUGGAUAAAUUAAAUGGUAAUCCCAUUCGCAUCCCAAAAUGUUUAUGAAUUUAAAAAUAUAUUACUAAAACAACUUGUAUUUUUAUUUGUGGAUAUUUACUCUGAGAUCUCUGAAGUGAUCAUUUUUCAGGAAUACGUUGCAUUUAUAUCAGAUUUUUUUCUCCCAGUUUUAUUGAGAAAUAAUUGACACAUAUUACUGUAGAAGUUUAAGGUGUACAGCAUGAUAGGUCAGCUCUUUAAAAAUUGAUUUGUAUUUGCUCCUGUGAGGCUUAAUAGUAUUAACUAUUCUUAACCGCUUUUCUACCACUCUUGCUUGUUUUGUAUACUGCCCAACUCUCCUUUAGGCUAUAACUUUUUUCUGGUUUUUCAGAGUUCUUACUUUGCACAUCAAAUAUUAGCUAUACUCUUAAAUCUAUAACACCAACCUAAAUCUUAUUUCAGAACUUCAGAAUUCUGAAAUUCUAUUUGGCAUUUCUGACGCACUUAAAAUAAAACUUACUCUUCCUCUUCAAUGAGUGAACAAUAUUAACAUAUACCCCGUUCACCAGUUAAGAAUUCUAUAAUUCAGCGUAAAUGUCAUUUCUUAAGAGAUGUCUUUCUCAGUAUUCAGCAAUUCUGACAAUUCCACGUGGUUGAUUGCAAAAAUGUCGUUCUCUACUGUUUGUGGUACCCCUGCCCUUUGCAAUGUGACUUUGCAGGUCCUCCCAUCAAGAAUUCCAUCUAUUUUCCAAUUCUUCAAACCUGGACUGGCCUUGAUUCUUUCAAAAGAAUGUGGGUAGUAACAUGUAAACUUGGAGUCUAAGCCUCAGAACCUUGUACACUUUCCCCUGUGCUAUUGGAAACCAAGCCAGCUGCAUAUGAAAAAGCUCAGACCGGCCAACCAAAGGAUGAGAGAUCAUAUGGAGCAGAAGUAAACUAGCCUAGCUGAAGCCAUCUAGACCAGCCAGCUCUCAGCCAACUGCAGAUAAACGAAUGACCCCAGCCUAAACUGCCAAUCAUAAACUAAAUAAACGGCAGUUCUCUUAAUUAA